UAUUGGUCUUCUCUUAAUGAACCUCUCUCUUCUUCUCUUCUAGUUUUUCUUUUUCUUUUAGUUUAUUUCAUUUUGCCAUUUGGCUACAAGUGAUCUUUCUCUUCCCCUUCCUCCUUUAACAUCCUUCAAGAAAUAUGUGUCAGAAGGCAGAUCAGUCUGACCAGCUACAGGCACGGACUCUACCCAAUUACACUCCUAACCCUAUAUCAUCCCCAUCAACACUCACAUCCCCUGUAGCGCCUUCUGUGAACAACGUCGCUUCUACACUAUCCUCCUCAAUUCCCAAGCGGAACUCCAUGUCUAUCUCUAUCGCUUCUUCAGAACCCAAUACUCUUUCAGAAAAAGAUAAAUCACUCACACCCUCAAUAAAUGCAGACAAUAACACUAUUAGCAAUCGAAACGAAAAAACAAAAGAACAGGGGACGUUUCUGACUCGGCACUCUUGGCUGAUGGGUUGGAACCACGAGGAUUGGUGGCCAUGCUGGAUCGGACUGUUCCUUUUUGGUAUGGUUGCUAUCGCGGUCCAUAAGGGUCUUGAGCCUGCCCACUUUGCGCUCUGGUCUUCUAAUCCCUUUGACUCGCUUCAUGGGAAAGAAAACUACGAGCUCCUAGUUUUAUUUCCGCUUCAGGGGAUGCUAGUCUGGUUGGCGUUGUGGGCGAUCAAAGCCAAGGCUUUCAGAGACUUUUGGAAGGGUUACUUGGUUGUUUAUUCACUCAGUUUCUUAAGUAAAUGGCUCGCAGCCCAAAAAAACAUCAAAAGCGCUAGUCUGGGGGACUCCAUUUGGGCCAUUUUAUUUGGGGCAGCCCUCAGGAAUAUGAUAGCAGGGUCCCCACAGCCUGAUGGUCGCUCCAAGCCUUUACCUCCUUGGUUAAAGGUCGCACAGCAGACAGAACUCUACAUUGCAACUUCAUUGGUUUUACUAUGCAUCGACUUCAACGUUCUCAAACCUCUAGCUCCACGCGCGUUCUUUGUCUCAUGGAUUGAUACCCCUCUUCUGUUCGUCAUUGUUGCCGUACUUGGUGCAAGCUGGCUCAAGAUUGACCUUCAGACUUCCAUGAUCAUGUCAGGUGCAACCUUCAUUUGUGGAUCCUCAGCUGCCCUCGCUCUCGCUGCUUCAUUGGGUGCAGGUAGUAAGGCCGAUCUGCCAAUUGCCAUCAUUUCUGUUUUUACUAUCCCUUCUAUCAUUGCGUUGCCCUAUAUCGCGAAGGCUAUAGGUCUCAGUCCUCAAGUCUCUGGAGCUUGGUUCGGAGGAUGUGUGGAUUCCACAGGAGCUGUGAUUGCUGCUUCCACUAUUUACGAUAACGCAACUGCCAUUGAAACCUCGGCGGUGGUCAAAAUGGUACAGAACGUACUCAUUGGUCCUAUAUCUGUUGGCGUUGCUGCUGCUUGGGCUAAGCGCGAAGAACGCCGCAAGCGGGAGCUGCACAGCACAUUUGAGGAUAUUGCGUUCCGUGCCAAGUCGGAACUUCAACCUGUGCCUUACAGAACACUUCUUUGGAGCCGAUUCCCCAAGUUUGUGCUGGGCUUUAUCAUGACUGCCAUCCUAUUCAACACAGCUGUCCCAUCUGAAGAGAGAGAGGCUGUCAACAAGUUCUCGUUUAUGGUGGGUGAAUGGUAUUCGACCAUGAGUUUUGUCAGUAUUGGGCUCGGUCUGCAGUUCCAAGAGCUAAGACGAGAAGCGAGACUGUUGCUCAUGCUAACAGCGUUAUAUGCUUUAGCACAGUUGGUGGAUAUCUUGAGUACCUUGGGGCUCGCCUACGUUGCCUUUGAGCUCUUUUGAAGUGGAAGCGACACUAUCCUUUUACCAUUUGUAUAUGUAUCAAUAAUCUUCUUUUCUUUGUUAUCAUUAUCAACUCUACUCCCAUUAACCCUAAUACUAUCAGCCUAAGCUUUAUUCAUUAUACGAAGAUAUAAUAUCAAUAUAUGCUUAUAAAGUCUGUAAACCUGAAC